CAGGAUGUGGCCGGUGGGACUACAACGACUGCCUUCGAUCGGUCAACGGCGCUACCUUCAACUAAUACACCAGAAGACAACACAGUCCAUCACUCACGCGAAAGUUCACCAUCAAACAAGUCUGCGAAGAAUGGCUGCUAUCCAGCCAACACCGAAUGGAGACCCUGAUGGAAUAACCGCCGAUGCUCAAGAAAUGCCGUACACGUUUAUCGAUAUCGGAUCGAACCUAGGUGACCCAGUUUUCCGAGGCGAAUACCAUGGCAAACAAGCACAUCCAGAUGAUUUCGAGCAGAUAUUGACGCGUGCCCGGUCCGCUGGAGUGGUGAAACAAAUCUUGACUGGAGAUUGUCUAAACGGCUCGAAAGAGGUACGAGAAUUGGCACGAAAAUAUGAGGGACUCUAUGCGACUGUGGGAUGCCAUCCUUGUCGAGCCAACGAAUUCGAAGCGGGUGCUAAGAGUGACAGUCCUGCAGAAGUGGACAGGUCGGCCAAGGAAUAUCUGGAAGCACUGGACCAGCUCAUUGCUGAAGACCAAGCCUCUGGUCAGAGUCGAGUCGUGGCUGUUGGUGAAUGUGGUCUUGAUUACGAUCGUCUUUCGCAUUGCUCCAAAGAGAUUCAAUUGCGUUACUUUCCGCCUCAACUUGAGCUGGCGACCAAAUACAAGCUCCCUCUAUUUCUACACAGUCGAACGUCGGAAGCGCACGUCGACUUUGUCCGGAUCAUCCGCGCACAUGAAGCUCGUCAUACGGCGGAAGAACUCUUGCCUGCUCGCAAGAAAGGUGUCGUCCACAGCUUCACGGGCACGAUUGAAGAGAUGAAAGAGUUGGUUGACUUGGGCUUCAGUAUCGGAAUCAACGGAUGUUCAUUGAAGACUGAAGAUAAUCUAGAAGUCGUCAAAGCAGUGCCCUUGGACAGGUUGAUGUUAGAGACCGAUUGUCCAUGGUGUGAGAUCCGUCCAAGCCAUGCUUCACAUCGAUUUCUCUCCGAAUUACCCCUGAAACACGCCUUCUCACCGCCGGCUAUCAAGAAGGAGAAGCAUCAAGUGGCGGACGAAAAGAUGGUCAAGGGGCGCAAUGAGCCAUGCACAAUCGGUCAGGUUGCUUGGGUGGUCUCAAAACUCAAGGGUAUCCCGCUCGCUGAAGUCACGCAGAGUGCCUGGAAAAACUCAGUCGACAUGUUCCCCUUGCUUUGAUUCUCAAAUCGGCCACAUCAUUAUCGCUUCACCUUGUCUUUUUUAAAGUGGGAAAUUAUUCAAUUGUCUUGGUUUCUGCAUCCUCCUUUCAUCUCAUAAUGUCUCAUUCAACUCAUCAUUAGAAACACCUCGGCAACUAAAUUGUGAUUUCAAAUUUUGUUCAUUGUUAUCUCAUUUCAAAAUUUGAUCCAUUUGCUAAAGUGUUCCCCAUAAUGCGCUCAAAAAUGGCUCUGAAAUCGCAUUGUGAGUAGUUAUUUUUCAAUCUGCCCUUCUUGGUGAUUGAUCAUUUUGUUCUUUAGAUGUUAGUCUUUCAAUGUGUUUUUACAACAGUCUAGAGUUGAUUGAAUCACGCUUGCUUCACUGAUUAUAACAGGAUUUAUAGAAAGAGAUGCGAUUAUCCGAAUACCAAGUCACUUCUGAGGACGUAUUUAGCUCCUGCGGUGACUUCACGUGCUUCGUGGAGUAAGCAUUCGGAUCCGUGACGAUGAAUCAACGCCAAGCCAGCCACUGGGCUAACAGAAGCGGCGACGGAAUGUUCUUGGGUUAGUCGUUUUUGGCUCCUGAUCGGGGUGUUAUAAAAGACCGUCUCUCCACCUCUUAAAAGAGGCUCGCCAUCAGCCCCCGUUUGCGACUCUGCCUCCUCUUUUGUCGAUUUUUGGAUCGGAUCCUUCGAUCCAGUCAGAUAAAUUAAUAACGUGUGUUCCGUCCAUAGUGUCUCCGGCAUCUCGGACUGGAUCGCAGAGGAUGAUGAUGAUGAUGAUGAGGAGGAGGAGGAAAGAUCGGACUUAGAAAUCUGGACGGAUUCGUCGAAAUGUUUCUCGAACUUAUGUCCGACCCGAUAUCUAUAAAACCGGAGAUUGGGGUUGAGGCCCCAACACCGGGCAGCCUGGGGGUCGUCAUCCCGAUGAGAGCCUUGUUCGCGGAGCCAGGCUUCACAGGAAGUUUUGAGGCCGGUUUUCGCCCAAAGGGUGUCGGCGAAGAGCGGGUCAUGGAUGGAGAUCCGGUCGUUGUAUCGGAAGGCCUCGCCGCGUUUAGGUGUCCGACUGGUGGUCUCGAACCGAAGGAUAUCUCCAUCGGCCGUCCUCAGAUGGUCCAGUGCCCGGAUCACCCGUUUACAUUCUUCCUCCGUGAGCAGCUCCCUCAUCGUCAUGAUCUGCGACGGGAUUAUCGUCUCCGCUUUCAACUUCGGUUUCGGCUUCAGCAUCGGCCAUCCUACCGCUGUCUCCGUGGCUUGCUUGCCCGUCGCUGCUCCAUUCGACGACGUUUUUCCUCCUGAUUUAUUCUUCUUGGUGUUUUUCGAUUGUGCGGUUGGCAUCAUCUCUGGUAUCUUGAUGCGAAUAUCAGUCGAACUCAGCUAGCCCCGCCGAGCAGGUCGCGCCGACUUGUCCCUCAAACUCGGGGCGCGAGCCUAUCGUACGGGGUCUACAUACACAGUGGUCCCUCCGGUCACCGCCCACCCA